AUGAAAGAAACGAAUGAAGAAGUUGUUUCACAAUCAGUUAAGACAGAUGAUGAUAGUGACUAUCUCAAACGAAUUUUAAAAGAUGGCUCUGAUGCAAUAUGUAAAGAAAAGGCAGAGGCUAUAAUCGUCAACUGGAAGAAGCUGAACAACUCUUGGUUGUUUGGUUAUGAACUCUUGGUUCCUGCAAAGCCAUAUACUCUUAGUCAAUCGGAAUGGAUCAAAGAUUUAAAGAAAAAUAACAGGAAGCAAGAACUGAUUCUCGAACGUGAUAUUCUAAUGACCAAGCAACAUAAUGAGCCUCAUGUUCAAACACUGACAAGAAAAAGGCGUAAUUCGAAUGAUGGACUCACACGAAAUGCAAAUGAUCAAGAGGAAGGAAGAUUUCUCCAGGAAGAACAGGAUGAAUUAGGCAACCAAAGCGGUGAUGAAAAGGACAAAAUAUCAAAGAAAAGGAAAGAUUGUAAGGUAAAGGAAGAAUGUAGCAGUAUAUUGUUUGAUGAAAAAAACGAAGACUCCCUCAUAGAAAGCAUUGAUGAAAGCAAGUUAAUAAAUAAAACGAGGUUACCGAUCUUAAAACCAUCUGAAAAUAUAUCUGAAUACAAACUGUCAAGUGGUGGCGACUUAUUAACCAUGUUUAAAAAAUAUCAAAAAAGUAUCCCAAAGUGCCGUCAAGUUACUACACUAGCAUAUUGGGGUAUAUUAGAUCUAACUCGAGAGAGUCUGAGUGGAUGCAAGGAAUUUUCAGAGAGAGAUAUUCAAGAAUUAUUGCAAGACUUUUCGAAUACUAUUUCUUGGAAUCUAAAGUCGGCACCGGAUUAUCUUCAAGAAUAUUUCAAUAAGAACUGUGAAGAAAGUCAUCAAAUAAAGGAUAUAAAGAAGCUUCAUACGAAUAUUCAAUUCAUAAAAGAGAAUAUGUAUUCGUUUAAUGACUCUAUGACCGAGGAAGAAUUGAAAAUGAUUUCCAUCUUCCCAAUUUUUCGCUCUAUUCUUCAACUAAAUGUAGUUAAAGAUGCAUGGGGCGAAAUUCAGGUAUAUAGCACGAAAAAUGCAAGGAAUGAAAACUCGAAUCCUUUCCAGAGAGCACAUUUAGGACGAAAAGUCGACAUGAAGGGAACACUAAAAAAUACUCUAAAUAAAUUCGAAGCUCUUUUGGCGAAGUGUCUGGUAAAAAAAUUUGGUAGUCUAUGGAUAGCUCCAAGUGGUUCAUUCAACACAGAAUUUGAACUGAACUUUUACACAAUGAACUGGUUCGGAGGUUUGUACAGAUUUGGCCUACUCGACCACUGUAUAUUACUGUCCCAAGAAGAUGAUUGUGGGCUUUUCGAAGACAUAUAUUGUAUACUAAAGGAACUUAAUUCAGUGAAAGAAUUGUAUCGAAGUAAUACAUUGGGAAAGCAUCAUCGAAUUACGAUGGAAAAUAGUCACACUUUGAAUAUGAAUAGGACACCAGAUUAA